GGCUGCGAGCAGGCUGGGACCCAGAGCAGGUUGGUGCCGAGGGCCCAGCGCACCCGGAGCUGAGGCCGUGGGGCCGGCGCUUUCCUCCGUCUCCCGCCGCAUCCCUGGGGCUGGCGGCAUUCCGCAGGCGCAAGAAAAGAUUUGAAACAAAUCUGUACUCAUGAAGAGUGACUGCCAACAAACCACAGCAUGUCAAGAAAGAAAAAAAGAUCCAAUAGAAAUGUUUCAUUCUGGGCAGCUGGUAAAAGUCUGCGCCCCCAUGGUUCGAUAUUCAAAGUUGGCUUUUAGAACACUAGUAAGAAAAUACAGUUGUGAUCUGUGCUAUACACCAAUGAUAGUUGCUGCGGAUUUUGUCAAAUCCACAAAAGCCAGAGACAGUGAAUUCACCACAAACCGAGGUGAUUGCCCAUUGAUUGUUCAGUUUGCUGCUAAUGAUGCAAGAAUUUUAUCUGAUGCUGCUCGUAUAGUCUGUCCUUAUGCGAAUGGAAUAGACAUUAACUGUGGUUGCCCUCAGAGGUGGGCACUGGCAGAAGGCUACGGAGCUUGCUUAAUAAACAGGCCAGAGCUUGUUCAAGAUAUGGUGAAACAAGUAAAACAUCAAGUGGAAGAUCCCAGAUUUUCAGUAUCUAUUAAAAUAAGGAUCCAUGAUGACCUUACAAGAACUGUAGAUCUCUGUCGAAAGGCUGAAGCAACGGGAGUUUCCUGGAUCACAGUCCACGGAAGAACUGUUGAAGAAAGACAUCAGCCAGUUCACUAUGAGGCCAUUAAAAUAAUUAAGGAAAGUUUGUCUAUACCUGUAAUCGCUAAUGGAGACAUCAGAAGCCUAAAAGAAGCAGAAAAUGUGUGGCAUACUACUGGGACAGAUGGUGUGAUGGUUGCAAGAGGACUCUUAGGAAACCCGGCCAUGUUUGCUGGAUAUGAGGAAACCCCACUGAAAUGCAUCUGGGACUGGGUUGACAUUGCUCUUGAACUUGGAACGCCGUAUAUGUGUUUCCAUCAACAUUUAAUGUACAUGAUGGAAAAGAUAACUUCAAGGCAGGAAAAAAGAGUAUUUAACGCUUUGUCAAGCACAUCAGCAGUCUUAGAUUACCUUACAGACCAUUAUGGGAUUGACUGGACUUCCUAAAUUAGUUUAUCAUAUGCUUCAUUUUACAUCUUCAGUGAAACCACUCAAAGUCACAUCCUGGUUUUUACUUUGAAUGAGUGGCUCUCAAACAUUAGUAUUAAAACAAUGCCUUGAGAGGAUUUUAAAAAAUCACUCCUAGACCCCAUCCUCAGAAAUUUCAACUCAGUAGAUCUCUAGGAUGGACCCAAAAUUUAGUUUUAAAGAAGACCCCAGGUGGUUCAAACAUUGACAAACAUUGCUCUGAAGCCUAUUGUGAAUUUUAAAAAGUGAGAAUUUUUUUCCAAAGGAAUUGUGUUUUUAACAUUUUUUAAUAAAUAAAACUUUUUAAUACUGAAA